UGUCGGAAAAGUACACAUUUUUUAUACUAUUUAUUCAUAAUGGAUGUCGAUAUGGCAUCAGCGUUUACUAUGUUAUGUUCAAUAUAUAGGUCCGAUCCGUUAUGUCAAGCAAAAGGCCGCGGUGAGCAAGGAUACAGGAGAAAUUUUAAAGCCACAAUUGCAGCAGUAUGAAGAGAUAAAUAAAGAAAAAGGAUCCGUCCAUUCAUACGAGGGACUUGAUGCAGUCACUAAACGUACAGAUGUUGAAAAGAGACAACUUCAAAAGUAUGAUUCGAUAGAGAUAGUGAAAGGUCCGAUCCGUUAUGUCAAGCACAAGGCCGCUGUGAGCAAGGAUACAGACAAUAAAGAUUUACAAACGCAAGAAAAAAGAACCAUGGAUGGAAUAAACUGUUUGGGGGAGGAAUAUGAAAACCUGCCUUAAAUCAAUUUGAUUAAAUUGAAUCACCAUAUCUAAUGAGACAGAUUUAUUUACUGUUAACCAAAGUAUUAUGUUGUAUGAUUAUAAGAUGCUGCUUGGUGCAGUCUUAGAUCAAUGAUGUCAUUUAUGAAAACAAUGAUGGAGAUAAAGCUUCCAAGUUACAAAAAUACAAGCCAUUUUUUGAAAGUUGAAAUGACAAACAUGCAUGUUUCAACUGCUUGUACGUACAAUAAAGCUUCUUAAUAUUGAA